UUACAAUAAAUACAUAAGCAUGUAUUUUUGAUAUCGUAGAGCAGAAUUGUACAAGGUCACCCUAUGAGGGUCACGUCUCACUCAAUCGAGUCAACGUAACCUAACCUAACAGAACUACGAAUCGGUUUCAUUGGAAAUAGAAUUCCUCUUAUAGAAUACAUCGUACCGCAACGUAAACCACCAAACGAAAUGGGGGAUUCGGAUAUCACAACGUGCGUUGUGAUGAACAAACAUGACGAUCAGUUAAUGACGCUUUUUACAGAAUGGAUGGAUACAGGAUUGAAGAUCGCGAUAUUUCAGAACUUGGAUUCGAGCCCGUUGGUCGGCGAGAUGGGACUCGAAGACGUCGAUAAGUUUGCCAAAAAUUUGUCAAAGACGCGAGGGGAAUAUUUGUGUGGGACACGUGAGGCUUUAUCGGGUCGUGACGAGAUCGUCCAAUUCUUUCUCAAAGAUUCAAAACUCAGGUGGAAGCGAGGUCGUUGGAACCAAGGACUGAUCAACGUCGGAUCUGCGCCCUUGGCUCAAAUGUUUCCGAAUAUAUUGAAGAAGUUUGUGCUACGAAACAGAGAGCUGGAAAGCUCAGUCGAGCGUCUGGAGACAGAAGGCAGAAAGCUGAGGACGUGGCAACAAGAGUUGGAAGAGAAACUAGAGGAAAUGGUGAAGCUGAAAAAUGAAAUGGAGAAGGACUUGUAUUCCAAGUUCAUAAUUGUUUUGAAUUCAAAGAAGGCAAAGAUCAGGGAGCUGCAGAGCGAGACGAACGAUAAGGCAGAGCCCAAAGACGAGGAAGCCUUCCAGGCACAGACUGACGACAGCGAAGCGUCCGAGGAGGAAGCCGCUAAGACUGAGCAGAAUAACAAGUCUAACGACGUCAGCACCUCGAGAUCUAGCAAUUCGGCCACGGACAACAGACCGUCAACUAGUCGUAAAAGAGACAUCGAUAGUUUCGCAUUAGAUUUACUCGAUGACGGUGGAAGUAGCACAAAGAAAUCGGCCAAUUCUAGCAGGCUAACUUUCACAGGCGAAGAGUCGGAUGAAGAUUUAUUUCUUUAAGAUUGUCUGCCUUAGGAUUAUAAUUUUUCCACCGAU